AUGUCAGGAGAGGAAACCAAGACUGAGGUCUUUACCAUAACUGAGGAGACAGAAGUGAGAAAGACAAGCAGGAGAAGAUGUAUCUUUGAGAAGUAUGUGCAGCCCUGUUUGGCAGAGCUCUUUGGGACCGGCCUGUUCGUGUUUGUGGGGUGCGCAUCUGUGAUCGGGAAUGUGGGGACUGUGGGUGUCAUCCAGCCUGCUGUGGCACAUGGGCUGGCGCUGGGAGUGCUCAUCAUGGUGUUUGGACAAAUAAGGUAAAAGAAUCAAAUUUUUUGGUGUGUUUGAAAUGAUUUUUUUUUUCUUUUUCUGCUGCUGAGGUGGAGGAAUAUGCAUUUCUAGGAGUUAUGAGACCUUACAAUUUCCUCCAAAACUCAGAAAAAAACUGACUUUUUUUCAAGUUUUAAUUGAAGAAAACUUUCAGUAAAAUUUAAGCAAGUUUACUGUAAUAUAGACAUCAAUGAUAGUUAAGCAGAAGCUGCUUUAGGGCACAUUUUAUCAUCUUCUCAUGAUUUUUUCUCUACAAAGGUACAGAAAUACCAAGAACUACCUGCUAUUUCUGUUAAUCCCACAACAGAUAGGUGUUAUCAUUAUCAGUUCAAAACAUCCUUCAGAAGAUAAAGAGUAAAGUUCAUCAUGUUUAUUGCAGUGGGGGGCACUUUAACCCCGCCGUGUCUCUGAUGGCGUACCUGUGCGGAGGGAUGGAGUUUCUUCUGCUGUUGCCUUACAUCCUGGCUCAGAUGGUUGGGGGAAUGGCUGGUGCUGGUUUGACUAAGGUGAGAAGAAGUAUGGAAGCCAAGUCCUGCCAAAUAAUAUAUUCUGGAAAGUAUAUAAAUUUAGUCAAAUUACCACAAAAUUAAAAAGUAAUUGGUGAAAUAUGAGAAAAUAAUCAAUAUUAUAGUCUUUAAGUAGUCUAAGAAGUCAAAGUAAUCUCUAAGUUUUGACCCAGUUACUCAAAAUAAUGACAUUGUUGUACCAUAAUUUUUUUUCCUGGUUAGGUCAGUUAUUUGAAAAAAAAAAAAAGGAAUAGCAUCAAUAUCUGGUUAAAAAAAUCUGGCCUACUUUGCUGGAUUGAAAAAAAAACACUAGGUGACAGUGAAUAAAAACUUGUGUACUGAAAGACAGUGGGUUAUACUUCCAGGCAAUUUACCCCUCUGGUGUGUACACUGCUUCCCUCGGCGGUGCCUUCGGUGUGACCCCCAAUGCUCUUGCUGAAACAACUCUGGCAGAGGUGAUAAUGACGACUUUUCUCACCACUGUGGUGUGCAUGGGGGCCAUCAACACAAAAACCAGCUCGCCCUGGGCUCCUUUCUGCAUCGGCCUCACUGUGACAGCCAACAUAUUUGCUGGGUAAGAGAUUCAACAGGGAGAAAAAAAAAUGGAAUGACUAUCCACUAAAGAUGCUAAAGUUAACUCAAACUGGAAGUCAUUUUUUGAAACAACUAUUGAUUCUGGUGCUGAUGAGCAAUGAUCUGGUUAACUAAACCCACUCAUCCCUGAAUAUUUAGGCUGUCUGGUCCUGCAUGAUUAUCAAAAACAAGUUUUGAAGUGUAGCAUCACUGGACUGAACUAUCUGCUCUUUGUUGUUUUAGGGCAAUGAUAUCCGGAGCUUGUAUGAACCCUGCCCGAGCCUUUGGCCCUGCAGUGGUUGCUAAUCACUGGAGCCAUCACUGGAUCUACUGGGUUGGACCUUUUUGUGGAGCACUGGUCACCGCCAGCUUCAUCAGGUGUGUACAGUCCAGAUCAGCUUUAGCUUUGCCACACAUUUCCACUCUCACUGAAACCUUUUAGCGUGUCUAAACCAAUAAAAUCCCUAUUGGUUAUAUGUAAAAGGAUGAUUGUUAAAUGUUAGGGGAAUAAAUUGAAGUUUUUGACCACAGGGGGCCCCGUGGAGCAGUGAUGUUUAGAAGUGGUGAACUUUUUUGGCCUGUUCAAUAAGUCAGUUGGACUCAAAAUGAUUCUUAACCAUGGAUGACUUAUUAAGUGUAAUCCUCAGCGGGGCCGUGUGAAGUGCAUUACAUAAAAUCAUACCCCUUGACCUGACUACACUCGAAAAAGUCAACUCAACUGUUUUUGUGGUUGUUUUGUAACUCUUUGUAGUCAGUCGGUGUCCCUUUGAAGCUAUUUGUGUCUGUAGUUUUUAAAUUUUCUAUAUUUUUUCAACAUCUCUUUGUUUUUAUUUUGAAACUUAAAGGUCCAGUUAGGAGUUUUUUAUGUUUAUUAAAUAGACUGAAAUUCAAAUUGAUGCCUUUUUAUAAGAUUUAAAAGCAAAAAAAGACUGUAAAGGAUGAGAUUAACAAUUUAUUUGCUGUAAUUUCUUAUGUCUGACAUUGGUGUGAGGGGGUAGGUGUCAGCUAAACAGUUGAAGGAGAAGCCCCCUUUUUACUUUUAACAUUAAAUAUUUACACUAAAUGAUAUAUUUGAUCAUUAAAAGACAGCAUAGUGAGUUUUUUUGUUUGUUUGUUUUAAAUCUCUCCAUAGAGCGUUGUGACUCAUGCGCCAUUGUUAAAGCUCCUGUGAGGAACUUUCAGUUUGUUUCAGUGUUGGCGCCCCCUGUGGAGAAAACAGUCUCUUCUACAUCCUUAAAAAAAAAUUAAUUUUGCUGACUUUUAAUUCAUAUUAGUUUUGAAUAUUUGUGAAUCAGGGUUGUUUCUUCAGCUACAUAGCUCACACCAAUUUUGGAAAUGAGAAAUUGUGAUAUAAGAAACAUCAAUCCUGUCUUCCUUAAAGUAAAAAAAAAAAUAAUCACAGGAGCUUUAAGUGGGUUAUUUGGGAGUUUUUUUUAUCACAGAUUUUAGGUCUUCAUUGGUCACUUGUGUCAUGUAGCUUUUUGCCAGUGGUGUCAAAUUAUGAAAGGAAUUUAAAGGCACGGUAUGCCUGCAGCUCAUAGGCUUGUUUAAUGAUCAAUGUACAUUGUCAAUAUGCCAUUAAAUCAUAAUUAAAGGUGUUUUAAUUUUUUUUGCAGGUUGUUGUUUGGUGACCAGAAGACGAGACUUGUGUUGAAGUGA